CUUGUAUACAUGGAAAUUUUUGUGGCUUUACUUUCAUCUACCUUAGCUUUCUACCCAUACACAGUAGCCAAGCGAAACAGAAGUAAAGACAAACAGGAAGUUUGAUUUUUAAAAAAAGUGUUGAAAUUUAUUUUGCUAAUUCGUAUUAUCUCUGCUUGCUAGCCUGGUAAACAGACUCAUUGCUCGUACCAGAGACUUUUCCUUUCAAUCUUACCGCUCAAUACCAUUGAAGCUACCAUUGAAGCCUUUUUUUUCGUCUUUUUACCUUAAAAAUCUACAUACAACGAAUCUGGUCACUGUAUCUCCUGUUCUUCUUGUGUUCCCAUUCAGAUCUUACUUUUUGUCAUUGGUCGUUCUGAGUAUACUUUUCGUUUUUAAUACAUUGGUAUGGCAGACCAGUCAGGUAUAAAUGGAAAUGUUAAAGAAGGAAUUUCGUUCGGAAAUCUUCCUCGUCCUGAAUCGAAAGAGAAAAACAAGCUUAGCAUUUCCACUAAUGUUCAGCGACAGGCGCAUUCGGAGCCUGUAACCCCUGUUACUAGAAGCUCUAGAUCAUCCAUGGAUAAACCUGUUUUUCGUCCGGUAGCUAAAAACUCUGUCACAUUUGCUGCUGCUCAGGGUGCUGGUUUCAUACAGCCGCAGUUUGCGGAAUACCCAUAUACUCGGGCGAGCAGCCUAGCUUCUCCUCCGCCAAGUCCACAUUUUCUUAGAAGAAUUUCCUUUGAUACGUUUAAUAAUAAAGCUGCCUCAGAAUUUUCUCUAACUUUAAAAACUCAACAUCAAGCUUAUAAAUGGACUCGAGCAUCUCGAACUUUUCUAUGUGGGCUGGAUGAAAAUAUAUACUCUGAAUUUGCUGUGGAGUAUCUUUUUGAAUCUCUUUUAUCUGACAACGAUGAGGUGGUUAUAUUGCGAGUCAUUGAUCCUUCUUCCAGAAUGGCAGAAGAGUUAUCGGAUGAAGAUUCAUACCGCCUAAUGGCCGAAAACAUGAUGGCAACUUUACUCAAGAAAGUUGAUGAAGAAAAAGCUGUAUCUAUAAUAGUCGAGCUUGUCGUCGGGAAGCCUCAAGAUAUGAUUCUUCGAACUAUUCAUAUUUAUUCCCCCGACAGCUUAAUUGUAGGUACCAGGGGAAAACCUCUUAACAGUUUCCAAUCCCUUUUGUCCAGCGGAAGUGUUUCCAAAUUCUGUUUACAAAAAAGCCCGAUUCCAGUGAUUGUAGUACGACCUGAUAGAAAGAGGCUGCGUUCGAAAAAUAAGCGCCUUAAAGAUAAAACAAGAAAGUCCUAUAUGGAAAUUCUCGAGAAGAGCGGUCGCUAAUUUUAUCUGUGAUUACCCUUUUUAACUUCUGAAAAUUAAUGCCUUUCUAACACAUUACACGAAUUUUUUAUGUUACUUCCUAGUCUAUUAACUUAAUGACUUUCUUGAUUGGAUAAAUAUUAUGAGGACACAAGCUGUUCAAAGCCUUCGAUAAAUGUAUGUGAAAUGACUUUCAUGCUUAUGUGAUUCUUUAACUAAUAUUAU